AUAUAUAUCAGCAGUAAUAAUACCAACAGCAACAACCACAACAGUAACAUCAACAAGAUGUCUGUAAGUGAUGGUGGAACCUGGGCCAAAGUGUCGGAGGUUUUCCGAGGGGACAGUGCCGUCAAAGCCCUGGCCAGUGGAGUCGGAGUCCCGGAUGAUUCCGUGCGGAUGUUUCUAUCACUUUUGGCUGGCUAUCCACUGGCGUUUAUGUACAGAGGACUCUUGUAUGGCCGUAGCAGCACGUUACAGCACAUAUACUUCAUAAUAUGCGGAGUGUAUAUGGGUUACUUUAAUUUUGGAAUAGAUGUUCUUCAUUCAUUUGUAAACCUAAUCCUUAUUUAUCUGCUGACAAGGAUUGGUGCUGGAAGGUGGUGGUCACUACCAGCAGCUUUCUUAAUAAACACUGGCUAUCUCGUGCUCGGUUUUGCCUCCAGCUCAAAGAAUGGUGAAUAUUAUCGCAUUGAAUGGACAACUUCACAUUGUGUGUUAAUUCUAAAACUCACUGGCGUUGUGGCUGAUUUGUACGAUGGAUCCAAACCUGAGGAGAAGUUGUCCCCUGAUCAGAAAGAAACUGCCAUAAAGAAAACUCCUACAAUUUUGGAAUUAAUGGGACAUUGUUAUUUCUUUGGUGCUUUUUUGAUAGGACCCCAGUGCUCCAUACGAAGGUACCUCACUUUAGUGAAAGGUGGAUUUGCAGGCAGAGGUGAUAAAGUACCCAACAGUGUGGCUGCAGGAUUGACCAAGUUAAUUGUCGGCCUCUUCUAUAUUCUUACAAUGUUAAUCCUCAUGUUAAUCACACCCACGGAUUAUUUCUUCAUAAAAGAUUUUUAUGAUUUAUUCUUACCUAUAAAGUGUCUCUAUAUCAUCGUGUGGGGGCGCUAUGUGUUAUCCAGGUACAUAGCUUGCUGGCACAUCUCAGAGGGGAUCUGCAUUUUAACUGGUCUUCCUUACAAUGGAGAAGACGAGAAAGGCAACCCCACAUGGAAUUCCAUGGAAAACAUCAAACUCUAUGAAUUUGAAACUUCUUUUAGUCUGUACGGCCUCACAAAGGCCUUCAAUGUACAAACCAGUACCUGGAUGGUUAAGUACCUAAUGAAAAGACUACGAUUUUUGGGCAAUAAAGAACUUUCCAAAUUCAUCACUUUUGCAUAUCUGGCAUUGUGGCACGGCUUGUACACUGGAUAUUUCAACACAUUCUUCUUAGAAUUUAUGAUGAUUACGGCAGAGACAUUUAUUCUCAGCCGUUUGAAAGGCCGAAUAGGACCCUUGCCAUCAGGGAGACUCAAUUCAGUAUGGUUGUGGGUCUUCUUUAGACUUUUUUACUGCCAGUUCUUUUGGGGUUACGCAUUGGUGUCAUUUGAGUUGUUACAGUUUAAAAAGUACAUGAUGGUUUACUCGUCAUUGUAUUUCAUUGGGCAUCUGAGUCAUCCUUUAGCCUGUUUAUUUGUAUAUUUGAAUAGAAGUAAAAAAUCAGCCAAGGCCAAGGAUUGAAACACAGAUCCAAACAACUUUGAGUAUGCUGCUACUGCUGCUGCUGCUGCUGCUGGUGUUAAUGCUGUGCCACAGGAUCAAUUCCUGCCCUUCCUAUAUCUUCAAUCUCAUGUGAUGAAAUUACAAAAAAAAAUUUAAAAAGACCAAAAAAGUAUAUAUAUAUAUAUAUAUAUAUAUAUAUAUAUAAUAAUAAUAAUAAUAAUAACAACAACCCCUCCCUCUCUAUCACUCCUCUCCCCCCAAAAAUAUAUAAAAAAAAAAGCAAAGCCAAAAUAGAUUGGAUAUUUUUUUCCUGAGAAAGUAAAAGAAAGUGUUUGAAACAAAAUUCUAUUUUAUUUUUUGACAAAAAAAAAACAAAAAAAAAAUGAUUAAUUAAUUAAUUUCAUUGUUUUCCCACCCUUCCUCUUCGCUAAUUCUAUUAACAUCAUCAUCAAGAUAAUUAUUAUUAUUGUUACUAUCAUCAUCAUCAUCUUCAUAAUAAGCGGUACCUUUUAAAUAAUAUGAGGUACCAUUGUUUCUCGAGUCCCUUUGAUUCUAUAUUAGAACUGCUCUCAUCUCAUUUGAUCUCACUAAUGCACUUGUGAAAGGCAGGACUGACACUUUCUCUGUCAAGUCCAACAAAAAUCUUUAAUACGUGAAGGCUUUAGCAUAAAACCUUUACAUCUCCUUUAUUUCAUUUAUUAUUAUUAUUAUUAUUAUUAUUAUUAUUAUUAUUAUUACUUGUCACAGUGGUACUGUGUUGUUGACAAAAAAAGAGCCACAACCUGGUUUUCAAUCUCCAGCCAGAACUCUUUGUAAAGGCAUGACUACCACAACAUUCAAUUUUCUCCUUUCUUCUUCUUCUUUUUCUCAUAUUAUAUAUAAGCUGAAGUUUUGUACCUUUGUAAGAUAUUUACUGUUGAUUGCUGUGAAGCAAGAAAUAAGCUGAGUCUGUGAUUUGGGUUUUCAAUUUCUUUCAUUCAGUCCAAUUUCCUCUCCUAAUGUCCUUAAUAUUAUCAAGAAAGGCCAUUAACUUAUCUCGUUUCUUUCUAUAAAUAGGCAUAAGAAAUCACCAUAAUAGUGAUGGGGCCUGUAGCGUGGGCCUAAAUUUAGGGGGCACACUACAUUUAUUGUAUGAAAAUUACUUCUUAAUCUGACACGAAUUACAUCAUUAAUGUUAUUGGGAAACGGGAUGAAGAUCACAGAUUCUCAUUUUCUUCUCCUCUUUAAAAUGUUUUAUGUCUGGUGGUGGGGAUAGUGAGUUACUUAAGUCUUUGGAAUAUGUCAAGGGCGAAGAGUUGGCAGAAUCAGUAGAGCAUCAGACAAUAUGGUUUGCACCUUUUACUGUUUGUGUUUUCAGAUUUUAGGUUCAAAUCUCAUUCAGGUUAACUUUGCGCUUCAUCCUUUCAGUGUUCAUCAGAGAACCAUUGAAACGGUGAGGUUGAUGGAGUUGGUUGUUCCAACAUUCCAAAUCUAGAAAUAUGAUUGAACCAAUUCUAAAACUAAAGCCACGGCAGCAAUUGGACUGAAACCGAACUGUCAAGCCUCUUGUACCCCACCCCACUUACUAUUAAGUAGGCUGUCCUUACAAAUAAACCCUAUUUUAGUAGUGAUGGUCACAGCAACCAAUCUUCUUCACAACUUGUUCACCUCGGGUGUCAUGUCCUCACAAUAAUCUUUUUGAUAUGAUUAUUAUUCUUUUAAGUUGGGGGUUUUGCUGGAACUCUUGGAGUCUUGCAUGAUUAGAUGGUUUGCUACCUGCAGCCUCUGGUACCAUGCUAUCCAUUCUUUUCAGCUAAUACUCUCCUGAUGGUUCUGGCCAUGCCAAGGAAGCAAACCAGCUCUCCUGGCCACCCUAUUCCAAUUUCCUUGAUAUUGCCUUCUCAUACUAUGCCCCUAACAACAAUAACUGCCACUAUCUUCCUUCACUUUCCACAGUAGAACCAUUUUGUACUUAAGAGGAUUGUAUACAUCUAUUUUUUCGUUUCUUUUGUCUUCCUUCUUAAGCUAAGAGGAAUAUCUGAAUCAGUGGAGCAAUGGCCAAAAUGUUAGUUACAUCCCUUCAUCUUCUGAUUUCAAAUCUUGCCAAGGUUGACUUUACCUUUCAUCCUUCUGGGAUUGAUAAAAUAAGUACCAUUCGCAUACUAGGGUCAAUCUAGUUGUCUCCCCUAAAAGGGUGGCCCUUAUGUUUCUGUUAGAAAUCCAGAGGUUUUGGUGAUGUGGCAGAAAUGGUAAGGCACCAGAUUUCCCUUUUUAUUGUUAGUUCAGAUCUUACCAGGGUUGAUUACAGCCUUUCUCCAAAACUGGUAGAUUUGUGCCCCAUUUAAGAGUCCCUGUAAUCUGUUUCUAAUAGUUGAGGAAAGCUUUGGCCCUUUACAUUUUGUGUUCAAAUCCUGCUGAUGUCAAGUUUGCCAUUCAUUUCAUUGUCCUGGGCCAGUAUAAAUAAAAA